UUCGAUUGAGAGAGCGUUCUACAGCGGGAGAAACAAGGCCGCAUAGGACAGCGGAUGUGUUGUGUACAUGUAGGCUAUUUGUGCAAUAGUAACGCAAUAAUGUGCAACACUUAUUGUGCGACAUUUGUCCAUAUUCCUGCAGAUCGUUGCUCCAUUUUGGACCGGAUAGCACGUUUGUUUUAAUGACAUCGAUCUACCUCAUUCUUUGAUUUGAAAAAAUAAUAGUGAGGUCAGCAUAGAAUGACUCAACGCUAGAGAUGCAUGCAGUCAUAUCUCCGUUCGAUUGCACACUGUGGGGCGCGUGGACCCGGGGACAGUUGCUGCACUGGUGGUCACCGCAGAAACAUGGCAAGCACAGGUGUCUCCCAUGAAUGAACGAGGCCAGUGGACAUCCAGACAUCUCUAUCAGCACCGGCAACCUCUCAAUACAGCAGGAAGAGGAGUUCAAGGGGAGAGGGAGAAGAUUGGGUUUUGUCUACGUCCAAUCCAACUCCUGGGUUUUUGGUUGCAUAUGUGGUUUGGUGAUUUCCGUUAAAAUAUGCAACCCCCUCUCCUAGGGUGUGUGCUGUGAACUUUCUAUUCCCUGUAUCUUCAGAUAAGGCCAGUGGAAGAGGGCCACUUUGGGACAUACGUUGAUUGGUGGUCUGUGUGGUUGGGGGACUGUUAUGCACCUAGUACCCCAUAGUCCCCCCAACUCGCCCCGUUAUUCAUGCCAGCCAUGAGUUUACCCAACAGUAAGAGAACAGGCAAGCGCAUCUCUUUUUUCAACGACCAAGGAGUAGCGAUGAAGGAGACGUCUUCUCAGCAGAAUCCAGAAGGUUCUUGCUACGGCCUUGGUGCCCCAGCCUCAGAUCCUGGUCCUGGUCAGAGUAAGGCUGCAGGCACCGUCACCUCCACAACCUCCAACCCAGAGGCUCCACAUACUGGUAUGUACCUCAACUCAGUGAUCUUUAGUCCAGAGAAAGGAGACCAGAGUCGGGGACAUUACCAACAGACUGUACCCAUGAAGUGGGCACACCAGGACCCAGCAGCUCAACCACAGCCUCAACAGAGAACUGGGACUGAGACUGGGAACUGGACACAGGGUGUCACUAUGGCUAACUGGGGUCAGAACUUUGCUCCGUACCUAGGGGGCGUCAACGUCAGUGACUCACGGUCCCAGACCCAGACUGCCUUUUCCAAGCAGCAGAUCCGUGAGGGGCCUCCACCCCUGCAGCCACAGCAGCCACAGUCUCCUAGUAGGGCUGCAGAGAAGCAGCCUCCGCAGCCGCAGCAGGUGGUUAACCCCCUGCCUGCUGGAGGAGAGGCCUACAGAGACGUUAGAGACGUGGCCAAGCCUCCCAGCCUAGAGUGGGAGCAGCAGCAUCAGGCUUCCCAACAGCAACAGCAGUCCCAGACUCAGGCAUUCCCACAGACCCUUAAGCCUGGGGCUCUAAAUGCCCAGCAGCACAGCACAUCCAACCCUGGGAGCAGCUCUGUGCUUCAGCCCUUCCAGCUAGCCUUCGGCCAGCCCAAGCAACACCUAACGGCUGGCUACUACCAGGUGUUUCAGGGGGGCAAUAGGACUUUACCUAAUCUGAACUACAAUGCCCAACAGCCCAAACCCCAACCACAUCCACAGACCCAACAGCAUCCACAGCUCCAGCAGCAGCUGCAACAGACCCAACAGCAUCCACAGCUCCAGCAGAAGCUGCAACAGACCCAACAGCAUCCACAACUCCAGCAGCAGCUGCAACAGACCCAACAGCAUCCACAGCUCCAGCAGCAGCUGCAACAGACCCAACAGCAUCCACAACUCCAGCAGCAGCUGCAACAGACCCAACAGCAUCCACAACUCCAGCAGCAGCUGCAACAGACCCAACAGCAUCCACAGCUCCAGCAGCAGCUGCAACAGACCCAACAGCAUCCACAGCUCCAGCAGCAGCUGCAACAACGACAACAGCAACAGAAACAAAUAUUACAGCAUCAACAACAAAUGCAACAACAACAUCAUAAGAUGCAACAGCAGCAAAUGCUUCAGCAUCAACAGCAACUACAACAACAGCAACAACAACUACACAUACAACAAGAGCAAAAGUUAGAACAGCAACAACAAAUACAACACCAACAGCAAAUACAGCAACAAUUACAGCAGCAGCAACAACAAAUACAACAACAGCAAUUGCAGCAGCAACAACCCCAACAUGUUCUAGAAUAUUACCCCAGCAGCCAGAACCCACCUACCCAUCAACACCCUCACUCCCAGCCGCCCGUGUUAGUGCCCUCCCAAGAGCCCUGUGCUCAGGCAGCAUCCUCCCCAGACCUCCAGGAGAUGUCCCCAGACCCUCCAAACAUCCCCCCCCAAACAGACUCCCAGCUCCCCCCCACGGACACCCAGCUCCAACCUCCCCAUAUACAGCUGCAGCCUCGAAGGUCCAGGAGACUCUCCAAGGAAGGUGGACCACCACCAGUUGACAACCCCUUCCUCGUACCAUCUGAUGGGGCCCAGAAUGGGGCCUCUGAGGAGCCAGGUGGAGCACCGAAGGCGGCUGAAGUCCACGUUGCCCAGAUGGCACCUACAGGGGUCAUCCAGAGCACACGCAGGAAACGGAGGGUCUCUCAGGAGGUUAACCUGGAGACGCUGGCCCAGAAAGCCUCAGAGAUGGAGUCCCUACCGCCACACAUCGUCAAGGCACAGCACCACAGGCCCUGGAGCCCCCAGAGACCAGCGCCAGGGCGAGGGACCAUGGACAAGGAUUCAGGGGGCCACAGUGCCAAGCGGCCCCGUGAUGAGAGCAUGAUGCCCCUGGUCAUCCCUGUGUCAGUCCCCGUACGAAGGCCAGACCCGUCCUCGUCCUCCUCCUCCCCAGAUGGGGAGCACUCUACCCCGGGGACAGGCUGGCCACAGAGACCCUUCACCCUCCAGGACGUGACCAGUAUGGAUGGCAAACCCUCCGUCAUUGUCACCCGCAGGCGAUCUCUCAGGAACUCUCUGUCAGAGAGCUCAGGACAGAACGGUGGAAUGGAGGGAGGGAACGACAACGACGGCAAGAAGCCCAAACGCCGUCCCCGGCCCGAACCCCUCUUCAUCCCGCCUCCCAAGCCUGGCACCUUCAUCGCCCCUCCUGUCUACUCCUGCAUCACUCCCUACCAGAGCCACCUCCGCUCCCCUGUCCGGCUAAUAGACAACCCCCUGACCAUGCCGCCCUACACCCCCCCGCCCAUCCUCAGCCCGGUGAGAGAGGGAUCAGGUCUCUACUUUUCUACCUUCCUCUCGUCUGCUGCAUCCAGCCAAGGUCUGCCUCCAGCCAGGGUCUGCCUCCAGCCAGGGUCUGCCUCCACUCAGGGUCUGCCUCCACCCAUCACGCCCAAAUCAGCCACACGCAGCCUGCUGCGAUCCAACAGCGUUGACAUAACCCCACCACUGCUCUCAACGAUUGGUGAGGCCACUCCAGUCAGCAUAGAACCGCGUAUAAACAUCGGUGUGAGGUACCAGGCAGAGGUACCAGAGCUGAGGCAGCGUUCAGCGGCCCAACAAGACCAUCCCAAGGCUGAGCUGGUCUGGGCUCCUCUCCACGACCUGGAGGCUAAACCUGAAGACCAGGAGAGAGUGGAUGACCUCAUGAACCUGGCGUGCUCAAGCGCUCUGCAUGGCGGAGGGACCAAUCAGGAGCUGGCUCUGCACUGCCUGUACGAGUGCAAGGGUGACAUCAUGGAAGCGUUGGCCCUCCUGCUAUUGAAAACCCCCAUCUUCCCAAAGAACCACCGUCUAGGAUACUACCACUACUCCGGGUCAGACAGCUGGACCCCAGUAGAGAGAAGUUGCUUUAACAAAGGGAUCGCUGCCUAUAAGAAAGACUUCUUCAUGGUCCAGAAACUGGUAAGCACUAAGACGGUGGCUCAGUGUGUGGAGUUCUACUACAGCUAUAAGAGGCAGGUGAAGACGGGUCGGAACGGAGCUCUGAUCUACGGAGACAUGGACCCACCUGAGAGCAGGAACACUGAGGAGGAGCUGGACCACAAGAGCUGUCAGAGAUUAGAAUCUCGGAAGGAAGAGGAAGACAACAGGAAUUGGGAGGGGUCAGUUGACAGAAAGCACCAGGGCUCCAGUCCAAGCAGGGUGACACAGACGUUACAGGCCACAGAGAACGCUGGAGCGGUCCUGGUGCUGAAGACACAGGAGGAUGUGAGGAGAGACCAGAUGUCUUCCCGGGUCAGUCACCCCCCUCAGCCCUCUCCCAGCGCCCCCUCAAAACCACGGCCGCCUCCCAAGACUGGGACCAUAUCCGGGACCAAGGGCCCCGCCGGACCAGACGGAGAGUUCCCUUGCAAGAAGUGUGGCAGGAUCUUCUACAAGGUGAAGAGCCGCAGUGCCCACAUGAAGAGUCACGCGGAGCAGGAGAAGAAGGCCGCAGCGCUGAGGCAGAAGGAGGCUGAGGAGAGGGCAGCGGCCCAGGCGGCAGCAGAGGCUGCAGCGUUACUGGCCGCCCGGCAGGACGGGGAACGGGAGGGGAACACAGCCGGAGGAGACAGCACAAACGAUGACUCGUCUGAGGAAGAUGAUGAUGAAGAGGAAGAUGAGGACUGGCACUAAGACCAUAGAGAUAGAAAACGAGCCCACCCCACCUGUCUUUGCCAUUAUGGCAAGUGUACGCUCAAUCUAUCUGGCUUAGACAGACAGACAGCCCUCUCCACGGUCAGGGUGAGCGGUAACAAACAGAACAGAGCAGAACUCUGAGGCCUCAGAACCCUAGCGCCCUCGAGUGUUCAGCUACGGCUCCUAACACUCAAGGGACAUUUUACGCCCUCUUGUUACGCCCUCUUGUUACGCCCUCUUGUUACGCCCUCUUGUUACGCCCUCUUGUUAAGCCUGCUUUAGCAGCGUUUUUCUCUGGGAAAAAACUGUCUUUAUAAACUUUUUUUAUUGUUUCAUGGAACAGGAUCUCCUAUCUUGACACCUUCAGGGACAAGUUCUCUCACGUGUUUUCUCCCUCUUCCCUUUAACCUGCUUGUGAAGUGUUCAGGGGUUAACUCUCUCUCAGGCACACAGUAGGGUAGGAAAGAAAGCCAUGCCAUCUCUCUCUCUAACACCAAUACUUUUCUUUCUCCUUUCUGCCAUCCACCCCUGGCUUCUUCCUCUUCCUGUCAGCACUUUCAGCCAAUCACAACACAGCACACAGACUCAUCAGGUGGGAACUAUAUAGCCACGCCCUCAGCCCAGCCUUUAAAAACUAGAAUAAUUUGUGAUGCCUGGCAAUGCAAGACUACAUGAACCACAAUGCAACCCGGCUUGGCCACUGUUUUCUCUACUCUCUGAUCCUCAGUUUGAUAUGUUAUUAUGAAUAGAAGGACACCAUAUGAGUGAUUGGGACCAUGCAAUAUUGAAGUUGAAAGGACUUCCAGGUCAUGAAAAGCCCAGAUAGACUGAUGUGGUGGUAACACCAAAGAUGGUGGAUAAAUGAAGAUGUCCCACUCAGGCAGUUUACCAUUGAAAGAAAUGGUCAGUUCCAGUCUGCUUAAGGGGGUGGCUUUCCCAUAGGCACCAAUGCAUUAGCAGCUGGGUCUGAUCCGCUUCGUUCAUUGACUGUACAUGAACCAGAAAAAGUGGGAUGUCUCACUUCUUCCGUCUCUCGUAGCACUGCCUGUGUGGAGGCUUACCUAUAUGUGAAGGAAGGAACCGUUUAGAGAACAGAACACACAUUGUUGUGCGAGUUUCUGCAUUUUUCAUGUUUGGGACUUUUUCACUCACUCAAGGCUGUCAAAAGCUUGCACAGAUGCGUCGGUCCUCAGUUCACCGAACUGGUUUCAUCUUAGUUUCAAGUGCUGUUCUCAGUUGGAUCCCUACCCUGAUCACUUGUUUUAUAGUCAUCAUGUGGUGUUUCUCCUCACUGUCGAUGCCUUGGAUGUUUUUAACACUUUAUCUUUGGAUGAACGACAAUCAAUUUUACAAAGGUUCUUUUUAUAUCCAACGAAUUACUGUUGCUUUUUUGCUUAUUAUAUCAAAUAGUUAAUGUUGUUUUUUGUUAAUAAUAUUGUUAUUAAUAAUGUCACAGUUGUCUCUUGUAUUAUUGUGAUUUUGGAUUGUUUUUGCGGCAGGUUGCUUUGGAGAUCUCUUUCUGAUUUGACUGUAGUGUAGGGUUAUUUAAGACAUUGCUUUCGUUGUUUGUUUUGAACUGUGAGGUUUUAGAGUUACAUGUAAAGACAGUCUGAGUAGAGAAGAGAUGUGAAACAGAAUUGUAAACGUGCAGUAGAUAGAAGAACCACGUGAUCCCUGAUGACAACACCCCCUCUUAUUCCUUGUGUCCAGAUGUCACCCAAAUUUAAAAGGGUUUAGGUAAGGUAAGGGUAGGGGUUACGGUCAGGGUUAGGGUUUAGGGUAUGGACUCCCCAAGGAUUCUGGGAUAGCACUAUCCACAUCAUUACGGCAGGAGGAAAGAGUGAGGAAAACAUGAUGAUGAUGUUGACUGUUGAAUGAUGUUGACUUGAAUGGGUAUGUCCAUUCUAUUUCUAUAGUCUAUUCUAUAGAAAAGGAUGUCUCUAUCUAUCUGACUAUCUUACUGUCGACACAUCUCGUUCUGCCAAGCUCCAUAUCUCUAUCUCUAUUGCCUCCUCCAAGCGCCAGAUCAGACUCUAUCUGUCGCCAAGGCAACAAACGAGCAGGCUGAAGAUUCUUCUCUUUAAGCAGUCAGCCACAGUGGGGAGCAGAGAGGAACAGCUCCAAUUACCGGACCCAGUUAAACCUACCUGGGUACUAUGCACUGUGUGUGUCAGAGGAAGCUGGCAGGGAAGGCUAUAGGAGGACGGGCUCAUUGUAAUGGAAUACAUGGAACCGUAUCAAACAUUUACAUUUGAGUCAUUUAGCAGACACUUUUAUCCAGAGCGACUUACAGAAGCUAUUAGGGUUAAGUGCCUUGCUCAAGGACACGUCGACAUAUUUUUUGCCUCGUCAGCUCAGGAAUUCCAACCAACAACCUUUUGGUUACCGGCCCAAUGCUCUUAUCUCCUAGACGACCUGCCACCACCAGAAACACCGUGUUUGACUCCAUUCCACUGAUUCCAUCCCAGACAUUACAAACAGCCCCUCCUCCUAUAGCUCCUCCCACCAGCCUCUUCUGGUGUGUGUGUUUGUGAGUGAGUGAUGUGUAUGCAUUCUGGAGUGUUUGUGAGUGUUUGUGCAUUCUGGAGUGUUUGUGAGUGUUUGUGAGUGUGUAUGCAUUCUGGAGUGUUUGUGAGUGUGUGAUGUGUAUGCAUUCUGGAGUGUUUGUGAGUGUGUGAUGUGUAUGCAUUCUGGAGUGUUUGUGAGUGUGUGAUGUGUAUGCAUUCUGGAGUGUUUGUGAGUGUGUGAUGUGUAUGCAUUCUGGAGUGUUUGUGAGUGUGUGAUGUGUAUGCAUUCUGGAGUGUUUGUGAGUGUGUGAUGUGUAUGCAUUCUGGAGUGUUUGUGAGUGUGUGAUGUGUAUGCAUUCUGGAGUGUUUGUGAGUGUGUGAUGUGUAUGCAUUCUGGAGUGUUUGUGAGUGUGUGAUGUGUAUGCAUUCUGGAGUGUUUGUGAGUGUGUGAUGUGUAUGCAUUCUGGAGUGUUUGUGAGUGUGUGAUGUGUAUGCAUUCUGGAGUGUUUGUGAGUGUGUGACGUGUAUGCAUUCUGGAGUGUUUGUGAGUGUGUGGAAUGCCACUUGCAAGUUUUCUUUUUCUAGUCAAAUAUCACUCUGAAAUAUAAUUUAGCCAGUUGAGAGAAGAGGUUUUAUCCUGACUGUUCACUUUUGUAACCUCAAUGUAUCUCUCCUUACCCUUUUUUUAAUUAUUAUUUUUCUCCCCACAAGAUUGUCAUGGGGAAUUGUUUGUUUUGACAUGUUAUUUUAAUACUGUAAAACAGAAUGAAGGAGGAAGUUGAGGGAGGGCAUGCCAAGAAUGCCAAGAAGCUGGAAGCCUUAUUCACUUUCAUUCAAUUAGUUAAGGGAAUAAAACACUUUACAUUUUAUUUACAUUAAGAAUAUCUAUGAAUUAAACUCUAUGAAUGCAUACUUUGUAUGCUAUUUUCCUAUGGGGGUUCAUUUCACACUAAUGAGGUAAAAUGGAAUGGAAUCUCAAGUGCUUUUUACUACAAUGUAACUUAUUUGGUUAAAUUAGAUUUUUACUACCUGUGUGUUUUUGUAAUAAAAAAUGGGGAAAGCAGUGUUUAUUAAAAUGUUACAAUACUCCUGAAAUUAGUGUUUUGGUCCUUUACAAAAUGUGCUGGUAUCUAUAAGCUGACAUGUUAUGGGUCCAGGUUAUUAGACUAAGUCCAUAGAGUCACUGUUUCAUUCAGUGUGUGUCUGGCUCCAGGGUAAAGUUUUCUCUAGGUGCAGAUCUAGGAUCAGCUUCCCCUCUGCCAAUCUUCACCCCAACCAUUAGUGGGGGAAAUGCUAAACUGACCCAGGAUAAGCGUCCUGGGGCAACUUCACCCUACACCAUGUCUGUAGCUGUUAUUUUACUAAGAUCCACUACGGGGCAGUAUUGUAUUAGGAAUCUUACAUGCCUUUACAUAUCCUAAGCAUAAGAGUGCAUCAUUGUUUCAAAUUGUAUGUUCAUUUGUCUUUUCUCGUCUUUUUUUUCUGACCAAAAUAAAUGGCUUUAUUCCA